AUGUCUGACCCACCUGAAGGCAUUGUCCAAUACGCCUACGAUAACAUCACAGAAUGGUAUCUACAAUGGGUCAAAGACAACAAAUCACCACGAGAAAGGUACACCAAGAGCCUUCUCGAGAAGCUGGAAGCGUCACCUUCACCAUCUAUCCUAGACCUUGGCUGCGGCCCUGGCGUUCCCGUCCUGGAACUACUUCUCAAGCAUGGUGCACAGGUGGUUGCAAACGACAUCUCGGCUAAGCAAUGUAAAGUAGCCAAAGCAAACUUCCCAGAUGCCACAGUACUUCCUGGCGAUAUGAUGGCUCUUUCUUUUGAGGCUGGGAUCUUUGAUGGAAUAGUUAGCUUUUAUACGCUAUUCCAUCUUCCGAGGGCAAAACUGAAGGCCAUGCUUGCCAAGAUCCAUGGUUGGCUAAAGCCUGGAGGGGUCUUUGCUCUGAAUCUUGCGACUUUUGACGAGGAAGAGAUUCACGGCGAGUUCUUUGGGUAUGGCAUGUUUUGGAGCAGUUAUGACCUAGAUGGGAAUCAAGAACUUCUGAGAGAAGUUGGCUUUGAUUUGUUGCAGGUAGAGGUAUUUGAGGCCGGCGAAGGGGCGCUGGAGGAGAAUGACCCGGACUUUGGUGCGGAGUUUAUGUGGGUGAUGGCACGAAAGAAUUGA